AUGGGGCCCGACAGAGUAACGGCCAGAGAGCUGUGUGAGAACGACGACCUGGCCACCAGCCUCGUCCUGGACCCCUACCUCGGCUUCCGCACCCACAAGAUGAACGUCAGCCCCGUGCCCCCCCUGCGACGACAGCACCACCUGCGCUCAGCUCUGGAGGCCUUCCUGAGGCAGCGGGACCUGGAGGCUGCGUACCGGGCCCUGACGCUGGGAGGCUGGAUGGCCCACUACUUCCAGAGCCGGGGCCCACGGCAGGAGGCUGCCCUCAAGACCCACAUCUAUCGCUACCUCCGCGCCUUCCUGCCUGAAAGUGGCUUCACCAUCUUGCCCUGUACCCGUUAUUCCAUGGAGACAAACGGAGCCAAGAUUGUGUCAACUCGCGCAUGGAAAAAGAACGAGAAGCUGGAGUUGCUGGUGGGCUGCAUCGCCGAGCUGCGGGAGGCCGACGAGGAGCUACUGAGGGCUGGGGAGAACGACUUCAGCAUCAUGUACUCGACCCGCAAGCGCAGCGCUCAGCUGUGGCUUGGCCCGGCCGCCUUCAUCAACCACGACUGCAAACCCAACUGCAAGUUUGUGCCUGCAGAUGGAAACGCAGCCUGCGUGAAGGUGCUCCGGGACAUCGAGCCGGGGGACGAGGUGACCUGUUUCUACGGUGAAGGCUUCUUCGGCGAGAAGAACGAGCACUGUGAAUGCUACACCUGCGAGAGGAGAGGCGAGGGCGCUUUCCGACUGCGGCCCAGGGAACCCCUGCCGCCCCGGCCGCUGGACAAGUACGAGCUCCGGGAGACCAAGCGGCGGUUGCAGCAAGGUCUGGACAGGCCCCGGUCCUGUGCCCACCCACCCCCGUGGCGCCGGGACCCCUUCUGCGCCGCCUGCCAGCCCCUGCGCCCCCCGCCCUGCAGCGCCCGCGUAGACGCCUCGCCCCUCUGGCUCCACUGGCUGCCUCAGCCCCAGCUCCGUGUGCGUCCCCGGAGGCGCCGCCGCCUGCAGCCCCGGCGAGCCCCGCCACCUCCCAUUCUCCGAGCUGCCCGCGUCUCCCUGCACCGGUGGGGAGGCUGCGGCCCCCACUGCUGCCUGCGGGCGGAGGCCCAGGUGGCCCUGGGUCAGGCCCCCCGCGCCCGCUGGGCCCCCCAGCAGGACUGGCACUGGGCCCGGCGCUACGGGCUGCCUUCUGUGGUCCGUGUGGGUCUGAGCCGCGUGCUGCCAGCCCUGCCUCCCACUGCCAGCGCCGCCCCUGCUAGGACCCCCGGCCCCACCUCUGUCCCCAAGCAGGCCCUGGCCUUCACCCCCUUCUCCCCACCCAAGCGCCUGCGGCUGGUGGUCAGCCAUGGCUCCAUUGACCUGGAUGUCAACAGUGAUGGGCCGUGA